CAUGUUACGUGCCUGUACGACACUGCUCUCUGUUUAUUUGUGUAAUGGUUGGAAAUGGCGGUGGGCAGCACACUGCGAUCCCAGAAUUAAUGCUCCACAGCAACUCGUAUUAGCGAUAUAUACACAAGUGAAGGCUAGUUAAGGUUUUAUUUUGAAAUAUAUUUUUUCAAAAGAACCAACCAAUGGAAACACAACCGACGACGUGUGGCGAGCACUAGGUGUGCUGAAGCUCAUCAUGAGUGCCACUGAUGACCAAUCCUUUGAACCUUCAGUCUCAAUUGAGUCCAGAAAGAGAAAAGGCUCGCCAUGUGAUACGUCUGGACAAAGUGUGGAGAAGCAGCGGCGUGAGCUGGAGUGCCGCUACAUUGACGAGCUUGUAGAGCUGCUAUCGGCCAACAUGGGUGACAUAGCCAGCUUAAGUGUCAAGCCUGACAAGUGCCACAUCUUGAAGAGCACUAUGGACCAGAUCCAGCAGAUACGACGUCGUGAGCAAGCAGAGAAAGCAGAUCUGGCGUCUCCCAAGAAAGAAGUACAACAGAGUGACAUCUCAUCCAGCAGUCAGGUGAUGGAGGAGAAAGAGGCCCUGGGACCACUCCUUCUAGAGGCCCUGAAUGGUUUCUUCUUUGUGGUGAAUAGAGAGGGACGGAUCGUGUUUGUGUCUGGGAAUGUCACAAGUUACCUUGGUUACACCCAGGAAGAGCUGAUGACCUCCAGUGUGUAUAGCAUCCUCCACGUGGGCGACCACAAUGAAUUUGUGCGCAGCCUGCUGCCCAAGAGCCUAAUGAAUGGAGGGCUAUGGCCUCAGGAGACGGGCUGGAGAAAUAGUCACACGUUUAACUGCCGCCUGCUGAAGAGGCCACCUGACGAGAUGGACUCAGAGAACCAGGAGGCACGGCAGCAGUACGAGGCCAUGCAGUGUCUCUCUGUGCUGCAGCCUCGUUCCCUGAAGGAGGAGGGAGAAGAUGUGCCUAGCUGCCUCAUCUGCGUUGCUUGUCGAGCUCCCCGUUCACAACAGGCACCUGUCGUCGCGGAAUCCUUCAUUACUAAACAGGAUCCCACAGGGAAAAUUAUCUCCAUUGAGACAAGUGCUCUGAGGUCCACUGGGCGUCCAGGGUGGGAGGACGUGGUCAGGAAAUGCAUUUACGCCUUUUUUCAGCCUCAGGGCAAGGAGCCCUCACUGGCUAAGAAGCUUCUUAACGAGGUGAUGAGCCAUGGCACAGCCGUCAGCCCACUGUAUCGCUUCACUCUGAGUGAUGGGACACCUCUAAGUGCCCAGACGCGAUGCAAAUUCUGCUGCCCUCCAAACCCUGACGUGCAGCCCUUCAUCAUGGGCAUCCACACUAUUGACAGGGAACAGAACACUACUCAGGAAAACACCACCCCACCCAGUGUUCCCCCAACGCUUGCCAGCCCCUCUCGAGUUUGUCCCUCCUCCUACACUGCUGCCCAGCCCACCAGUGAACUGUGCCACAGUCUGCACCUUAACAAUGGCAGAAUGGGAACCGCAGGCUCGGCCUCGUCUCCCUCAAGCCACGGGGGGUACCUCACCCCAAAACACGUUGAUCCCCAGCCAAUUGGAAGCCCCUCCCCACUGCGCAGUCCCCUCUUAGCAUCCACUACCUCUUACAUAUCUCACAGACCUCAACAAGAAAGCAGUGCAGAUCUUGGUAGUCCUCCUCGUGCCCAUGGAGGAGGAACGUCAUCGUCUUUCUCCCCACCUCCUUGUGGUGCUUUGCCAUCUCCGUCAUCUUUGCUGCCCCACCAGCAGCAGCAGCUUGUCAAAGGAACAACCACCACGUCCGUUAACUACUCCUUGUCCUCCGCUCCUGUGACCUCACAACAACAAACUCUGGCCCCCAAUACGACGUCCCCUAAAUACACAGUCCCCAGAACACCCACCGAGGAGACACUGACGGGGGACAGUGGCUGCAAAGUUGCGCAAUUGGACAACCUGCAUGAUAACCGUUUGCUAAAUGGAACAGUUAUGGUUAUAAAUAACCAGUCAUCAAAACAAGACUCAUCUCACCCCGCCCCAUCCCUAUCGGCCCAGUGUCCUGCCUCACACAGUACACUGACGGAGCGCCAUAAAAUUUUGCACCGACUUCUGCAAGAUCACAGCCCCUUGGACCAGGCUGACACCACCAACCAGAAGGACAUCAAACUAGAGCCUCCGGCCAGCCCCAGUCUAGUGUCUGGUCAGUCCGCCUGUGGCUCCAGGGAGCCUCAGGACCACCAGUUGUUGCGAUAUCUUCUUGACGCCGACGAGAAGGACUUGGGAGACCUGCCCCCUCCUGCUGCUCUCAGUCUGCAGACGGUUCGUGUGAAGGCCGAGAAGAAGGGUGGCGAAGAAUUCGAGACCACAUGUGCCGUUGCAGACUUGUGCACGGUUACCUCGCAGAAAACUACCGACAGGCACAGCAAUUUGCACUUUUCCACUGAAGGUAACAACCUGAAACAGACGCCUCCAGGUGCUGGAGCAUCAGGCAUGGAUGAGGAGCAGGAGCAGGAGCAGGAGCAGGAGCGAGAUGUUCCCUCCGUCUCCAAGAAGAACGUCACAAAGGACGUCAGCGUGAAGGAAGAGCCCCCUGGAACGCCUGGCCUUGGUCUGCUGCAGGAGGAGGUUCAACAUGCCCAGCCUUUUCAGUCUCCAGGGGUCUUUGGUGACACUUUGGCAUUUGGGGAUAGUUUGGCGUCCCCUGCAUCAUCACACCUGCCUUCCCCACAAGAGCAGUGUGUUCCUUGCCCACUGGAUGAAAUGCUGUGCCCCCCUACGACGCCUGAGGGCCGCAGUGAUGAGAAGGCCCUGCUGGAGCAGCUGGUGUCUGUCCUGAGUGGUACAGACGAGAGCGAGCUGGCAGAGUUGGAUAGAGCACUUGGCAUCGACAAGCUGGUCCAGGGUGGAUGUGUUGAUCGGCUGCCCACUCAGCCCUCAGCAGGCCUUGGCAGCAAUGUGACCAUGGACACCAAGUUGCCAUCCUACCCUGAGCCGUUUGCCCCGGGCUCCCCUCAGUUCCCCAGCAAGGACGCCACUGCUGUAGUGGCACAGCAGGGUUUCGGUCUGGACUCAUCCUCAGGUGGAGCUGUUCUCCCAGGUGGAGGCGGCGCCCAGGGGGUUGUGAGGCUCCAAACUCCAGCAGCACCCAGCGCCCCCCCCAGUGGCCCACUCCGCCUCCCCCCAAACCAGCUCAGGCUCCAGCUGCAGCAACGGCUGCAGGGACCACAGCAGCCGCCACUGAACGCUCAGAUGAUGGCCCAGCGGCAGAGAGAGCUCUACAGCUUUCAGCACCGGCAGCGACAGCUCCUGCAGCAGAAGGUCUUGAUGAUGAGGCAGAGCAUGGUGGCACCAGGGCAGCUGGGGAUGCAGGCCGUACCGAAAGGUCUUCAGCAACCUCAGCAGCAGCCUCAGCAGCAGCAGCAGGUCCGGGGUACAUCGCAACAGAGCCAGCAACAGCAGCCACAGCAGCAGCAGUUUGGCUUCUCUGCUGGGUACAGCGGCGUGUCUGCGCCGAGCACUCCCACCUCACCAAGUAAUUUCAGUCCAAUUGGGGGUGGUGGGCCACUGGGCCCCAAGCUUCUCGAUAGAGCGCCACCACUGAGCAAUCAGAACUUGAUGGGAUUGGUGCAAGGGCAAUUUGUGGGAGCGAUGAACUCACCUGGCCAGUAUGGCAUGUUUCAGCAGCCCGAAGGACCAGUAUAUCUAGGAGACCCAUCUUUCCCACCCGACCCCAUUCCACCCGGGCCUGUCCUCUCACCACAGAAUUCCAGCUCUCAGAAUAUUCUGUUGCAACAGGCCCAGCACCCUACUUUGUACCAGGCAAGAGAUAUCAACAGGAACUGGCAGCCAGCAGAAGCAGGCAACAGUCUGUUUAGCCAAGCAAGACUGAAUUCCUCCCAGGCGUUUGGCCAGCAGGGUUUGUACAAUAACAUGAGUAUUACGGUUUCCAUGGCUGCGGGUACCUCAGGGGCUGUGGGAUCACUGCCCCCAACUGGGCCUCCUGUUGCCAUAGGUAACAACAACCAUGGUACCAUCAGCUCUAUUUGCAAUGAUCAGGUGCAGCAGGUGCAGGUCUUUGCUGAUGUCCAGUGUACAGUGAACUUGGUGGGAAACGAAUCCUACCUGAACCAGCCUGGAGGGCCGAUGGGGACCCACAAAGGACAAACUGGAGCCCCAUCUCAGCAGAAGAGUCUGUUGCAGCAGCUUCUCACUGAGUGACUUUUUAGUGCCGUCUGUCAACUUGACGAUGAUGGCCGAAAGUAUAUCUCUCCUCAUGUACAGAUCUACUUUCAUCUCCGUUGAUUUCCUUUUCCAGAGUUACCAGCAGGAGCCGCUCAGUGCUGAAAGGUUGUCGUCCACUUGUGGGUGAAUUUGGAAGUUAAGGGGGGGACCAUGGAAAAACCCCGUUUGUUCUUGGAUCAGUGCCCUCUGUGAAUUCACAUCUUUGUGGAAGAGACCCUGUUACAGACCAGCUUUACAUUAUGAAGAUCUUAGUCACUACCUCUUGUCCAUUUUUUGCCCUUGGGUCAAACUUUGUGUGUUGCUAAGGUUGGAGAUUCUGGGUUGGCAUCUCAGUCUCCAAUCGUUUUAUUUGAAGAUUUGGGCCUGUUUUCAAAGGAUAUCUUAACACUGGCUUUGUCAUGUUUCUUUGGGGAUGUAUUACUUUAUUUUCUCCCAUGCAUCGAAGACUUUUCAGCUGGUCCUGUGGAAGAACGUGGUCCUCUGUGCCGUGCCUGAUUGGGAGUAUGUUCCCAGUUGUUUUAAUUCUUGCCUGUCUAUUUUCAGUGACGGGACAAACUCCAUACAGAUGGGGAGGCUGCGCCGUAGUAGGUUGUCUAAAAUGAGACUACCUUGGGAUACUGUGUUCUCCUCUCCUUAGCAGCUGUGAAGAAGACCCUCAAUUGACUCUGUCGGGCGUAUGGUGUUGUGUUUUUGCCAGGCAAAUUGGUAUUCUUGUACAGCACAGACAAAUACAGUCUUUACCUACCUACCUACCUACCUUAAAUCAACUGUUGCUUUAAAAAAAAGAUUACAGACUUUUUAAAUCAGGUUUUCUGUGCUAUAAAUAGUAUGUGCUAUUUUGAUGUCAGAAUUAUGAAUGCCUCAGCAUUUAAGAGACAUUUUACAUAGAGAGAACACAUUUGUGGACAAAUGUAAUUUAAACUAAAACCUUGUCUGGUCAGUGGAUAUUCAGUUUUGCAAAAAUAUUUGAUCAUGUAAAUAGAACAUAGAAAUGUAUUUAAUCAGGUGUGUUUAACAAGCAUUAUUAUCCCCCUUCCCUUUUCUAACAUCUCAAGGAUAUAUUAGUGUAUGCUCAGUGCAUUGGUGUGCACCACCACAUGCUACGUUACACAUACAAAAUAAGGCGAGGAUAGUAAAGAGGGUGUCAACAAUGCAACGCUGCUGCACAUCAUAUUAGUUUGAAUGCAAUUGUUUCCCCUUGGAACGAUGUGGCUUAAAAGACAUUUUAUUGCUGUGAUGCAC